AUUACACUGUAACAUCUCAGUAGCCCAGUCACAUACAUUAUUCUCAACAUCAGAAGAACGACAGAUGCAAACCAUGAGAUGGCCUUCAGGGGUAAAGUGGCCGACACGAGGACAGUGCUUGUGCACCUGCUGCUAUGCCUCGUCAUAUUCUACUCUCUCUACUACAUGAUUGGGAGUGUGUGUUUCGGCGCGUUCAGGUGCGACACUUUUCUUUUCCUCUGCGUCCACGUGUGGUUAUUGGGUUGGAUCACUUUGAUGGACUUAUUCCCUUUGACUUUAAGACUGAACCAACCAAUUUGGAGUCCAACUCCAAAUACCUGGUGAACCUGCUGACCAUGGAGUUGACCUAUUUCUGCAGUGGUCUGCUGUUUGCAGCUGUGGUGAGGAGAUGGGUCUGGGACUACGCUCUCACAGUCACACUACUGCACGUACUGCUCACCAGCCUGGUGAUGUUGGAGUUUCCCUUGGUAUGGCAGUGGUGGCUGGCCCUUGGCAGCGGGAUGUUUCUGAUGAUCUGUAACGGUCAGCUGAUAGCUUACUUCACCUGCCAGAGUGACCAGAGUUACCCCACCUUCAACAGCUACUGAGUACGCACGCACGCACACACACACACACACACACACACUGACUAGAGUUCUUUGCAGUGAGUCCAGUGGAAAUGGAGGGAAACCAAAUGUUCCUGUUGACUUGGUUACCGGUUUGAUUGUUGCACAUUGUUUCUGUUGGACCAGCUUCCCAGACACCAAUUGAGCCAAGUGAUUCUCCAAUGAUCAAGCUUUUGAGUCCAGGAAACAGCUCGUAUAUGUCAUAUCUGUAGUAUGUCAUAUCUGUAGUAUGUAAUACCUGUAGUAUGUAAUAUCGGUGGUAUGUAAUAUCUGUGUUCUCUAUGAAUGUCUGACAUAAGAUUAACAAUGUUAAUCAUGUAAUUUAUCAUCUUAGAACUAUUAAACCAGCUGUAACCUCGCAUACCUGGGCUGGCUCUAC